AUGGACUUCGACACCGCCACCGAAAAAAUGAAAGCCUUCACCAAGACUCCCCCAGACAAUGUUAUCUUGGAACUGUACAGUCUCUACAAACAAUCCACCGUUGGUGACUGCAACAUUGAACAACCCGUUGCUUUGGACUUGAAAGAUAAGGCCAAAUGGAAUGCCUGGAACGAGAAAAAGGGCAUGAGCCAAGAUGACGCCAGGGCAGCUUAUAUUGCUGCCUAUGAAAAGUAUGCCCCUCUCUAUGCUUAA